AUCGCCAGAGCACCACGUCUCAGCUAACUGGCGCACGUUUCGACACUGCUUCGACACCGGAGGUUUUUAGAACCUUUUGCUUCACAGUGUCGGUAACGCAUCCAUUGCGAGCUGUGACCAGGAAAACAUGUCUAUGGGCUGGGUGGAGGACGGUGGCGAUGGCAUCCUUGUUUGAGCGGGAGCCGGGAGUGUGAGGACGUCUUUGGAACAGGAUAAUGGUGGUGGCUUUGAGACAUGUGGAGACAACCCCCUGACUCAGCGAGAUGUUAAAGAUGUCUGUGAAGACAUCUGCUAGUUCUCCCGCACAGUCCCUCAGAACACGGCCAGGGUGAUGAGGCACAUUUAUCAAAGAAGGAUGAAGACCCGCUGAGGCUGUGAAAACAAGGAAUUCUGCACAAAUAUUUGUGGAAGAUGACCGAGAAAACAUUGUGGCAACCAUGUUAGACAUUAACUUACUGGUCAUGACAAUUUAGAUGAAUUCACAUUCACAAAUUCCUAUCAGGAACUGAAAUAAAUAAAAGAGGGACUUUGUCAACAGUUGGAGGGGCUACCUGAAGCAUUAUCGUAAAUACACUCACACUAUGACAGAGUCCAAGCAUUUCCAAACCUCAUGUCAAAAUGGACUACUGCACCUGCCAUCUUCAACUUGUAAACAAAGCCAUCAGUUGCCUUGUGUGUUCAGUCCAGCUGUACGCUGUAGUUCAGAGUCUUCAUCUUCCACAAGCAGCCUUACUCCUGUUAACAAGCCAAAACAACCUUUACACGUCAAACCAACAACCCUUCUCGCCUCCUCCAGCCCCUUGGUGCCACACAGCCAUAAACUGACUGCCACACUGCCAGCUGGGCAAAAGUCAGCUGCUGUUCCUACCAAAUACCUCGCUAUUGAUUGUGAGAUGGUGGGAUCAGGCCCAAACGGAUGUAUCAGCCAGCUUGCACGCUGCAGUAUAGUGUCUCAUGAAGGAGAUGUGAUUUAUGACAAGUUCAUCAAUCCCUCUGUGCCUGUUACUAAUUACCGCACCCGGUGGAGUGGCAUCCGACGCAGAGACCUCAUCAGGGCCACGCCGUACUCUGAAGCUAGAAAAGAAAUCUUGAAGCUGCUCAACGGGAAAGUAGUGAUUGGUCACGCCAUCCACAAUGACUUCAAGGUUCUUGCUUACUACCACCCUCCUGCCUUGACCAGAGACACCUCCCGAAUCCCUCUGCUCAACCAGAAGGCCGGCUUUGCCGAGAAAGAAUGCGUAUCACUGAAGAGGCUUGCCAAGGCCGUCUUAAAUCUGGACAUCCAAGUAGAUUGGGAAGUUUGGUCACUCUUCUGUGGAGGAUGCUAAAGCUACCAUGGAACUUUACAAAGUGGUUGAGGAGGAGUGGGAGAGGACGCUGGCCUCCAAAUCACAGACCAGCUAGUGUCAAGUUUGGGGAGAUAGCACGGAAGUAAAAUUGAGACUGACAUGCUUGCCUGUCAGGGAUGUUGUUUAGCUGGACUCGUGGUGACAGGAACAACCCUUUCUCCUGUGACAUUUGCAUUUUAUUCUAACAUGGUGAUUCAGUGUAAACUGCACUGAUUAGAAUCUGAAAACUCAUAAUGUGGGUAAAGAUGUAAGUGUUGAGUCAACUACUUUGACGUGAUUUUGAUUUUAAAAAGUUAUAGCGUUUCUCAGGAUUUGUAUUAUAGUUAAAUGGUGCUCUUGCCACUUGGGGGCAGUAAAAACCAAAUUCCAAAAAUGGAAGUGCAUCAUUAAAAACUGGUCUAAAGCAGGGGUGCCCGAAUACUUUGCAAUAUAGGACCAAAAAUUAAUCUGGGUGGAGGGCCACGGGCCAAAAAUAUAUUUGAAUGGUACGUCAAAGUACAUUAUAUUAUAUUUUGUACAAAAUUUAAUCUUUGAAAUCUUAAUUCCAAUAU